UCAAAUAAAGGCACCAAAUACAAUACUAACAAUUCUCCCAACUCCAUCUAUUAAAUAUGUAAGUGGUGGAAACCAAACCAAUCCAAACAAGAUCGAUCACUUUCCCACCAAACCCCAAAACAAAUUAACCAAAAAAGUCUUCAAGAUCGAUCGAUCGAUCAUUCAACAAAUAAUCAAGAAUCAAACCGCACUGAAUAAUAAUUCUCCAGGCCAGCCAAGAGUUAAUGGAAGGGCUCAUCCCAAUGGUCUACAAAUCCCUCAGGAAGAACAAAGCCCGGCGAACAUACGAAUGCCUCUCCUCCGGCACAGCGCAAACAUACAAGAUCGAAGAGUUCUAUGCGAAAGAUGAUCUUCAAGAUCAAUACAUCAAGAAUUAUAUUAAUAGUAGCGCUCCCGCUGGGGCUCAGCAUCGCCGGUGCAAGUCUGUGCACGUGGAUAGCACAAUGAUGGUCGAUAAGGAUGAGGCGUAUAGGCCUAAGCCGCAGCUCGUGAGGUUCCGGAGCCAUAGAAUGUUCUCGUGCGUCACCGGCGCAGGAGAGGUAUGAAUCUAUGUUUAUACUCAACAAGGAAAACUACAAAAUUUGCCAUGCAAAUAUACAUAUGGCUUCACGGGUUCGUUUUUAUAAGUCUUAUCGAAAAUCAAGUUUAUUCGUUAUCCAAUAUAUAAAGAAAUGAUGGUAGAGAACAACACGGAUAUGGAAGUGCCUGAAGAGCACCGAAGAGAUUUUUCUCUUGAAGAUGAUAGCGAUAAUUAUUGUGUUGUGAAGUUCAAGUUAAAGUCCGAGAUGAACUUAAUUAUUGUAUAUCCAGCCGGAGAGCCCCUUGGGUUGACCGUCCAGUUUAUUGAGUUGCGUAUUAAAGUUUUUGAUAUAUACUUGUAUUAUAUCUCUAAAUAAAACAACAAAUACU